AUGGGCGACAGAACGCCUGCCGGCGGCCGUCCUUUCUCAAAGGGUGGUUUCUCCGGCCUGCUGCGCUGUGCCGUCGCAGCUGCUGCGCGUCGCGGGCGCACCGCCGGGGGCCGGCUGACUGUUAACGCCCUCCGACCAGAGCGGCCUAGAGCAAAUAACGGAUGUCGCGGCGACGACAAUGACGACACCGUGUGGACGGCGGUUGCCCCUGUGGACGGCUUGGAGCGCGAGCGGGCGAAGCGAGUGAGGGUCGCCUUCGACCGCAUUCUCGACCGCGGCUGGAUUGGCGUGAGCGAGCAGGACUUGACGCCGCACGAGAUGGCGCAUGUCAACGCGGUGCGUGAGCACUAUGCCCUGCGACGCGACUUGCUGCUGACGCCGAGCUGUAGCGCUGGUCCCGGUAGCAACGUGAUUGAGGUGGGCGAGUGGGUCGCCAACGCGAGCGCCCUCAACGCGUCGAGCUGCAACACAGGCGUGCAGGACGGCUUCCUCGCGUUGGUGCAGCAGAGGGCGGAGGAAAGAAUGCGGAGAGAGCGUAUGCUGCGAAGGCGGUGA